AUGAUGUUGCUUUAUCCCUGUUUGCCCCACACACAGUGGUGUGACAAGCUGGAGGCUGGCAAGGCGCAGGGGGAGGGGGAGGGGGAGGCACGGACUGGGGAAGGUGCAUCUGCAGGGAAGGCGAAGGGGGGUUCGUCCAUCGAUGCGCUGCUGGCGAAUGAAGUGGCAGCACUCAAGAAACAGGUGCGUGCGUGUGGAGAGGGGGUUGAGGAAACAGGUGUGUGUGUUUUGCAGCGGCUCACAGGUGCCCCUGUUUUGAGACGUCUCAGGCUACCAGGUGCCCCUGUUUUGAGACGUCUCAGGCUACCAGGUGCCCCUGUUUUGUUCCCCUUGUGCAUCCUCGCCUCCUUGUUCCCUCCUUUCUCUUCUCCCUCCCUUCCUUGUGCAUGCCCCUCAGCCUCGGUUCAUGAGUGUGUAGUCUGGGUGCAAGGCGCUGCUGUUCGCAUAAAUGCCCAGCACAAACACCCAUCACUUCCCUCUCUCGCAAUCCUCUUUUCCCUCCCUCUUCCUCCCCUUGCCCCUCGUCUUGUCCCUCCCCUUGUCCUGAACGCUCUCACCUGGCGCUGCUGUUUGGACUCUUGCUGGCUGCAAGACGCCGCUGUUUGCGAGAAUGCUAAGUGGAAACCCUUAUCGCUCCUCCUCUCUCUCCCAUCGUCUUUCUCCCUCCCCUUGCCCCUACCGUUUGCCCUCCCCUCGCCCCUCCUGUUCGCCCGCCCCUUGACAUCCCUCAGCCUCGUGGGUGUGGGGCAGUGGGUGUGGGGCAGUGGGUGUGGGGCAGUGGGUGUGGGGCAGUGGGUGUGGGGCAGUGGGUGUGGGGCAGUGGGUGUGAGGCAGUGGGUGUGGGGCAGUGGGUGUGGGGCAGUGGGUGUGGGGCAGUGGGAGUGA